AUGACUGAUAUACAAAUACCAUUUGGCUGGAAUGCUUACUAGUCUUGCUCUGCUGUAUCAUGCUCCUAUUCUUAUAUUUAAGAGCAAGGAGUGUCUUAUUGGAGUGAUUCUAAUAUUAUAAUAAGUCUAUUUUUCUAUGUUGCAGUUGCUGGAGCUUAUGAUAUGUCCUUAUUAUCUGAUGAAGUAUAAAGAGAAGCUGAAGUAUUAGUGAGUAUCCCAUCUAUUUAAUACAACUAUUAUGCCAGAUUUAACCCUGAUAGUCUAUACUUAUCUAUAGGAAGUAUAUAAGUUAAAAGUCCAGGUUAUGUUCAUGUGUAUUUCAAAGGUACUAACUCUUUGGUCAACAGAAAAGCUGGAGACUAUCCUAAGCUUAAGUCUCUGGUUCUUUCAAAAGUUGAAAAUGUAAAUGCAAUCUAAUAUGUAAAUGAAGAUUUCAGUUCUUAUUUUGGUAGAAGAGGUCCCUCUGUUCAUUUAAACUAUCAAUUGGAAUCUAAUUAUAAGAUUUAGUAAUUCUACAACGAAGUUACAAUUCCUAGAUUUUGGGAUGCAGUUGGAACUUAUGCCAUGGCUAUAGGUUUCAGUUAUGGAUACUUUGGUAUGCAAGUAAACUCGGAUUCUGAAAGAAGAAUUCUUUUUUCUGUUUGGAGCCCUCAAGAAACUGAUGAUCCAUCGCAGGUUUUGUAAGAAAAUACUGUGCUUUUGGUAUCUAAGGGAAAAAAUACUGUGAUUAAUUCUUUUGGAAAUGAAGGAUCUGGUGGACAGAGCUAUCUUGUUUACCCUUGGGUUGCUGGUGUUGCAUAUAAAUUUAAACUUGAAGGUAAACCAUCAUCAAAUGGUUAUUCUAUAUUUAGUGCUUAUUUUAAUGACCCUACAAAGUCUGAAGAUUACAUUUUGAUAGCUUCAUGGAAAAGACCAAAAACAUAAUCAUACUUAAAUAAUUUGCAUUCAUUUUUAGAAAAUUUUAGUCCUGAAAAUGGGCAUAUUUCAAGAAAAGCUUAUUUUAAUAACUAAAAAGCUAUUAAUUAUCAAAGCAAAGAAAUAAAAGUAUUAUCUGCCUCUUUUUCUUAUGAUGAAACAGCUAAUUAGAAAUAAAGAUUAGACUAUGAUGGAGGAGUAGAUGAUAUAAAUGGAUAUUAUCUCAGAAACUGUGGUUUUUUUAAUAAAACCUCAGUUUAGUAUGGAGAUCAAUUUAUAAAAAACAAAUUAUGA